UCCCUUUCGAUUUUGAUCAUAUAUAUAUAUACACACACGCAUAGAGUUGGUUGUUGUUUCGGAUCACAACGAAGUAGAAGCACCGUUAAUCCGCUGCUCAAACUCAAAGCCAAAGCCCCAUGGAGCAGAAGCAAUCCGGUGAAGAACAAGUGUCAUCAGCAAAAGCAGUUCUACUUGGAGCUCUAGCGCCCGGUGUUAAUGGUGCGACUUGGAAUACCCUGAAAUUUGCAUUUUUGAUGCUGGGUCUGUGUCUCGCGGCCAUGCUUGGCUUGGCCUUCUCUUCCAGCGACUCUGGCUUGAUGCUUCAUGUCGUAUUGCUUGUUCUAAUCACUGGAGCACUUUUCACGCUUCUUAGCAGGUUUCUUGCACAGACUGGCCUAGUUUCAAUCGAACAUCAAAUGCAGGAAAUGGGAUUGGCGCCAAAAGAUGACGGGGGGAUUGACAAAAAGAGCAGAUGAUUUUCAGAUCAAUAUUAUUACAAGUGAAAACAUCAAUAAUUUUCAGCAAAAGACCUGGUAAAAGGCCAGUUUAUAUAAAUACAUGGAGAAGACAGUUGCAGCCUCCAAUUGACAGAUCACAACAUUUGCUAAGAUUUUCAUCCUAGUUUCUUGGCUGGAGUGGUUGCAUUGUUCAAUCGGUCUUCUCUUCCUUCUCUUCCUUCUCUUUAUGUUUGCUCUUUUUGGACUGGAUGAAGCAGAAGCAGGAGCAGCAGGGCAAAUGUAGCAAGAAUUUCAUUCUCUCUUCUGGAGUUGUUUCCCUAAUGACAUUGGAAGUUCUGGAAACACUCAAUUUAUAGAGUUGCAGUUUAGUAUUUUCCUUUCCUUUUCCUUC